AUAUUUCAGUUGGUGUUAUUCAACAGGUGCAUGAAGUCGCUAUCAGUAAUACGGUCCGCGGCAAGAGAGAGCUACCUGAAUUUUAUGUUUUUUUUUUCGCACACUUACAUGCAACUCAUGAAUACAUAUUUAUGUGGAUGAUUGCAGCCGCAAUUGACACAGAAGCUUUUGCGCGUUUUAAACUCAAAUAAAAAUCACAUCGAAAUCGAAUAAAAUCUCAAAAUAAACAAAACAAAGUUUCAUGGAAAAAAAUUCCAAUAAUGUAAGAAUAAUUAUUUAUGCAAAAAUUAAUGUGAGAAGUAGUAAUUGUCCGAAUUAAAAAACAGAUAAAAUAAAAAUCGGUUACAAAAAGUGUUUUAAAAAUAUACGAGUUAAUGCAGUGCGAGCUAAACCACAUCUAAUCCGAACCUAUAUCAAGCUAACAAAAUGCAUCAAAAGACGACGUACACCAAGAGCAGAAUGUGCUUAGAGCUGAUUAUUUGCCAGGUGAUCACUCUACUCGCCAUACACCUGUGAUAGAAGCACAACUCAAGCCCCAUUAGAGUAGCAUUGGAGGUGCCGUGUGCUCAUUAGGCAACAUGAAGUGCACGCCGAUUAUAGCCAGAUUUGAUUUCUCGGCCGUCAUUCUGCUUUCGCUGGUCUAUUGUUCUCAACAAGCAAGCACUAAUUGCUAUGACAACCACGACGGAUUUAAUGCCAUUAUUAAUAAUCUGCCAAGGGAUGCGGGCAACGCAAUCGAUACGCUCGACACAUUGGCCCAGGCGCCGCCAAUGACUACGAAUCCGCCCGUUGAUGCCUCCGUCUGGAAGUGUUGCUGCUGGGAAGCAACUAAUCACAACGAGUUCGAGUGCCGUUGCGAGGGGGAGGCGUUGACGCGUGUGCCCCAAACUUUGAAACUGCCGCUGCAAAGGCUCACAAUUGCAUCCGCCGGACUGCCGCGGCUGCGGUCGAUGGGGCUGAAAGUGUACGCCCCAACUCUAUUGGAUGUUGCAUUUAUAGACUGCUUGCAGCUGGAGACCAUACAGAGUGGAGCGUUCUCUAACCUAACGGUUCUGCGUGCCAUCUACAUUUCCAAUGCCCCAAAAUUAAGCUACCUGGCCAAAAAUGUGUUUGAGGGCAUUUCCGAUACCAUUGAAAUCAUACGGAUCAUAAAUAGUGGAUUAAAAACUGUGCCAGAUCUGGGAGAUUUACCGCCCUAUAAUAUACUACAAAUGAUAGAUCUCGAUAAUAAUCAAAUUUCCCGAAUUGAUUCCAAAUCCAUUCAAGUGAAGACUGCACAACUUGUUUUAGCAAACAAUGAAAUAACUUUUAUUGAUGACUCGGCAUUUCUGGGCUCGAAAAUAGCAAAGCUUUCAUUAAACGAUAAUCACAAACUUACCGAAAUUCACCCGAAUGCAUUCAAUGGCAUCAUAGACAUGACAGAACUUGAUCUCUCGAGCACAUCGCUUGUCCGUCUGCCCUCAGCUGGACUGCAGACCCUAGAAGUAUUAUACAUAGCCAAUACGCACACCUUGAAGACGAUACCUUCCAUAUACAACUUUCAGAACCUACAGAGAGCUCACUUGACCCACUCGUUUCACUGCUGCGCCUUUCAAUUCCCGUCGAGGCAUGAUCCCCAGAGGCAUGCCCAACGCAUGCAGGAAGUGGAGAAAUGGAGAGAUCAAUGUAAAAACAACCGGGAUGUGCACACAAACUAUGAAAGAAGUUUAAGCAUGAGUAAUCUCACACCAUUGGCGAAUGUGUCGGAGGUGCAGCCUAGUGGUUCCACUAUAAACAACCUCCUGGCGGAAUCUACGCCCAACACGUACGCCUAUAUGGCUGAUUCCACAUUGAACAACAUUGGCAUCUUCCACGAGGAGAUAACAAUAAACCCCGACGAUGACCAGCUGGCUGAGUAUUGCGGUAACUUCACGUUUAGGAAGCCCCAUGUUGAGUGUUAUCCCAUGCCGAAUGCCCUAAAUCCCUGUGAGGAUGUCAUGGGCUAUCAGUGGCUGCGAAUUGCGGUUUGGAUUGUGGUUGCCCUGGCCAUAGUUGGCAACGUCGCGGUUCUCACUGUCAUACUCUCAAUUAAGUCGGAGAGUCCAUCAGUGCCACGCUUCCUCAUUUGUCAUCUCGCCUUUGCCGACCUGUGCCUGGGUCUCUACCUGCUGCUCAUUGCCUCCAUCGAUGCGCAUUCAAUGGGCGAGUAUUUCAACUAUGCCUUCGACUGGCAGUACGGCUUGGGCUGCAAGAUAGCUGGAUUUCUGACCGUCUUCGCCAGCCACUUGUCGGUGUUUACCCUGACUGUCAUCACGAUUGAACGCUGGUUCGCCAUCACGCACGCCAUGUAUCUAAAUAAACGCAUCAAGUUACGGCCAGCUGCAGUCAUUAUGCUAAUGGGCUGGAUUUACUCCAUCGUAAUGUCCUCGCUGCCUCUGCUCGGCAUAAGCAAUUACUCAUCAACCAGCAUUUGUCUGCCGAUGGAGAAACGCGACAUAUACGAUUCCAUAUAUCUGGUCUUAAUAUUGGGCUGCAAUUUCCUUGCCUUCACGAUUAUCGCCAUUUGCUAUUCGCAAAUUUAUCUGUCGCUCGGUAAGGAGACGCGACGGGCCCGUCAGAACCAUCUAGGCGAGAUGAGUGUGGCCAAGAAGAUGGCGCUUCUAGUCUUCAUCAAUUUCAGUUGUGGCGCACCAAUCGCAUUCUUUGGUCUCACCGCAUUAGCCGGCUACCCGCUGAUCAAUGUAACAAAGUCCAAAAUCCUACUAGUAUUCUUCUAUCCCUUGAAUUCAUGUGCGGAUCCUUACUUAUAUGCCAUCCUAACUUCCCAGUAUCGGCAGGAUUUGCUAACGCUGUUGUCGAAAUUUGGUCUCUGUCGUCAAAGAGCUCUCAAGUACAAGCACUCCGACUCGAUGCAUGGCACCUCACACUACACCAUUCGCGGCUCCAUUGAAAGGGAACAUUCCGUUGGCCAAAAGUGUCAGAAAAUUGUGGCUGCUGAAGCGCAAAACAUGCUUCGGAAUAAUGAGGAUUAUGUGUAAAUAGCACAGGUCAAGAAAACUUAGUAAACAAGAUUAUCAAUAGAAUUUUUGAUAUAACCGAAAUAUCUCUAUUAAGGUCAAUUCUUUGGGGAUGUUUGAUUUUACAUCGAAGCAUGUUUUCUAAAGAUUUCUAGCAUCAAAAUGCUGUUUGUGGUAUAUAUUGUUGAAAUAUAAAUAUAAAGUACCAUAUCGUAAAGUAAUAAUCAUUAUUCUGACAUGAUAUUGCUUAAUUGGUUUCAGAUUUGAAUUCAAUUCAAAAAGAAAAUCAUUUUAACUUACCAUUAACCUUGAUUUUUAAUUUUCAAUGGUAUAAAAAGGAUUUAGAGUAAAAGUAAAGUCAGCUUCUUUAUAGUAAAAUUAUGCUAGCCUCUGUAAUUUAUUUAAUAAUUAUAAGCUAAUGAAAAUUUGAUGUAUGAAUAGCCCGAAAUUUAUAUGGUAAUAAAAGUUUGGACGUAAGCUUGUAGACAACAUAUAAAUAAAUAUUUCGAGAUAUUAUAAUAUUCAAUUCAAA